AUGCGGUUAACGAAGGAGCCACCGACCGAGUCGGAGGUUCUAGUCUGUAUUCAAAAAAUGAAGAAUGGAAAAUCUGGUAGAGACGACGGGAUUAGCGCAGAAAUGCUGAAAUAUUUUCCUCCGUCUGGGAUUCGUGAGAUGAUAAAGAUCACCCGUUCAAUAUGGAUAGACGAAAGGAUAACUGAUUCGUGGAGACACGCUAUCAUAAUUCCCUUCCACAAGAAGUUAUCCGUCACGGACCCCAGGAAUUAUCGAGGAAUCUCUUCGCUGUGUGUUAUGUACGAGGCACUGGAGCGCAUUAUCCUGUACCGACUCAUUAAACAUCGCGAAGAAACAACGCGCGACGAGCAAGCUGGCUUUCGCCCUGGCCGAUCUACGAUUGACCAGGUGUUCAUCGUCAGGAGAGUGAUCGAAAUCUGGCAGCGAUAUUCGAAGCCAAUGCAACUAGCGUUUCUGGACUUUGAAGCCGCGUUCGACUCUCCUCACCGAGGCCGUCUUCUCAACGCGCUCCGCGCAGAUGGAGUGCCAGGAAAGUUCGUUCACUUGCUUUAUGACAUGAAUCAACGAACAACUGCUGCAGUUCGAACACCAGCCGGAUGUACAACACCGUUUGAAGUGGUAACUGGAGUAAGACAAGGGGCAGUAGCAGGACCUUUCCUGUUGAAUUUCGCAGUCGACGACAUUAUGCGAAGAACAGUCGACCAGUGUCCUGCCGACAUUGUCUUAGCACCAUCUGGGUGCCCCUUGACUGACCUCGAGUACGCCGACGAUGUUAUUAUAUUCGCGGAAAGCAGUACGAAACUUCAACAUGUUGUCAACCUUGUAUCCAAGCUGGCUGCAGCUUAUCAAGCAGAUGUGGAUCUCUUCGAGACCACGAACGGGAAUCAGGGCUGUACGGUGAAGAACAAUGGCAGCUACGAGAGAGAUGUUCAGCAAAGAUUCGCUAAGGCCACUUCUGCAUUUAACUCCUUAACGAAAUGUCUGUGGUCGACCCCCAUCACCAACGAAGUCAAGCUGCGAGUCUACCUAUCCGCAAUUCGCCCCAUCAUGAUGGACGGAUCGGAGACUUGGGCAGCACCAUCAACGGUUAUGGAGAGGCUUGAUUGCACGGAACGAAAGCUGCUUAGACGGCUACUUGGCUACUUUGGCCUAGGGUAUGUCACAAUGAAGAUCUUUACGCAGAAAUUUAUGUGGUAUACCGGCGGAUGA